CCAAGAAACAAACAGAAGAAGAACAAACUCCAGAAAUAUGACUGUACCUGUUUGUUGUUUAUGUUAGCUUUAAGAAAAGCUAUUUUAGUCGCCAUCAUUGUUGUAAAAGUGUCAAAGUAGGCAGUGGACAAUGUCCAGCAGGGCUCUGCGAAGACUUAAAGGCAAACAGCGGGGCCAGGAGGCGGUGGCCAUCGAGGAGCUAACUUUGACAGGUAGCCCCGAUGAAGUGGCAGAGAGCGAGGGAGACGAACUGAACGCGGCCGGCGUCAGUCCACCGCCACACGGCAAUGGCACUAACCCAAAGUCAAAGAAAAACAAGGGGCGUAAAAACAUCUGUGCCAUUUUAGAGAUGAUAAGUGAUCCAGAAAAAAACUCAGCAGAUGAAGACCCAGAAAAUGUUGAAGGAAAUAAAUCAGUUGAAACAGGACACAUUGACAGCAAGGAAAACAGCAGUCAAAGGCCAAAUGAGCCUGCGGCUUGUGUUAAGAAAAAGAAGAAGAAAAAGAAAGUGAAAGUCAAGUCGGAAAAUGUACAGGAGGUACUGGUUCCAGAUGACAACAUUGAUAUAUUGCUGGAAAACAUGGAGCAGUCCAAUGGUUUGACAUUGCAAAAUAAUUGUGGAACAUCUGACCGAAGACCCGUCUUACAUGUGGAGCACAGGAAUCUGAACCCAGAGACGGAGCUGAAGAGAUACUUUGGGAGUAGGGCCGUUUUAGGGGAUCAAAGACCUCGACAACGAAAUAGACAGUUUCAUCGCAGCACAUGGAUGACCAGCCCCAAGGACAGCUGGCCUCGCUUCAGCCGGCAAGGAAUUUCAAUGACCUUACUUGAAUCAAAAGAUGGCAUUCAGUACUUCACCUUUGAGCAUGGCCGGGAUUACCAGCAAGUACAGUUCAAGUUCCUUGAUGCCGUUGAAUCCAUGGAUCCAAACAACAUUGUGGCUCUGCUGCAGCUGAACCCAUACCACAUUGAUUCUAUGCUGCAGCUCUCUGACGUAUGUCGCAUACAGGAGGAUCAGGAGAUGGCAAGGGACCUCAUUGAGAGGGCCUUGUACAGCUUUGAGUGUGUGUUUCACCCUGUAUUCAGCCUGACCUCUGGCACCUGCAGACUGGAUUAUCUCAGACCAGAAAACAGGGCAUUUUAUCUGGCUCUUUACAAGCACAUGAUGUUCCUUGAGAAGAGAGGAUGCCCCAGGACAGCUUUGGAGUACUGCAAACUGAUUCUGAGUUUGGACCCGGAUUCAGACCCACUUUGCAUGCUUCUGCUCAUUGAUUUCCUGAUGCUACGUUCCAGACAGUACCAGUCUCUCCUCCAGCUUUAUGAGGACUGGGAGGAGCACAGAAAUCUAUCCCAAUUGCCAAACUUUGCUUUCUCCACCGCGCUCUGCCAUUUCCUCCUCAGUCAACAGGAGGAUAUAGAGCCUGAAGAAAGUGAUAAAGCAAAACACAAAGCUGACCAGAUGCUCCAAGAUGCGCUCAUUAUGUUUCCCGGAGUCCUGAUGCCUUUACUGGAUCUGUGUGCGGUGCAGCCUGAUGCUACAGUCACCUCCCAUGCUUUCUUUGGUCCAAGCAGCCAGUUUGGACAGCCUCCAGCCUUGGUUGAACUGACUGCUUUGUAUGUGGGAAGGAUGUACAGCUUGUGGAGAGAAGCACAUGUCAUGCUUUGGUUGGAGGAGUGUGUGAAGGAAGUGCUGUGUCGAAUUGAUGUAAAAGACCCACUGGUGGAGGACUACCAAAACAAGAGAAAGCAAAGAUAUCAAAGUGCUCCACGGAACAUUCAUCGACAUGUUCUGCUGUCUGAGAUCAAAGAAGCUACGUCCAAUCUGCCUCUGGAGGUGACCACUCAGCCCAUGAUGGGAUUCGACCCCCUACCCCCGUUGGACUCGGUGGUCUCAUACACAAGACCUGAGAGGCAGCAUGUUGGAGCGUCCAAUGAGAGCACAUUGUCGCUGUUUUUACGUUCCUUGCUGCCAAACUUCAACCUUCAGGCUGGCCUGAGGCAGGAGGACGACUUGGAAGUGGCACGAGCCGGGCAGGAGCUAAACCAGGAAGUCAAUCGCCUCAUGGUGGCAAUGAGGGACAUGCUGGCAAACAUCAGGUUUCAAGAGCCGCCCAGAGAGGACCAGUUGAGAGACGAGGAUGAAUGGGACUGAGGAGGUUUGGUUGUACUGCGAUGACUAAAAUGAAUAAAGAACGUUUAUUUGUAGAGGCCUGAACAUGAAUUAAAAUCACCAAUAACUAAACCCUA